AUGGACAAUCUCAGCGACAAUGAGGAACAGCCCCAAGAGCGAUCCAAAACACCUGAUAUUACCGUGUCAUCAAGUCCAAUGAGACCUGCUCUAUCCUUCUCUUCUUCGUCUCAACACCUAAAUGAACCUCACUUACAAUGUAAAAUGGCUGCUUCCUUCCAACCUGUCGCUGAUCGCUCAAUGGUGUUUUUUGAUCCUGCUCGUGGUCAUAUAGUCACCAUGCGUGAUGAUGGUGAAGUGGAGGUUGUGGGUGUUGGGUCUGGAUGGGAUGUGAAGAGAAUAAGGAUUCCAUUACGUGGAUACGCUCGAUCUGUAAAACUAUCUGCUGAUGGUUCGUUUCUGGGUGUUAUUCCUUCUGCUAAAGCUCUGCAAAUAAUGAGAGUAGUGCCGGCUACUUCAACUUCACCAAUCGUGUAUGAAAUCGUUCGUGAUACCAAGUCAUCAGAUGCAAUACUUGGAUUUGAAUGGACUAUACAGGACGAAUUCGUGUGUGUUACGAGUAUCGGUAUUGAUUUCUUUCAGUGGAAUGAAUCCAAACGCACAUUCAUAAAGCGAAAGAAUGUGCACUUGAAUGUGAAUUGGUAUGUCUAUUCGCCAAGCUACAGGAUACUCAUCGUGUCAACCGGUGCACCAGGACUCUACAUGUAUUAUCUUCGACCAAAUGGUUCAACAACUCAGCUACCUUCUCUCAUCAUACCAUCAAAUACGACAAACACAUUGACGUGGGGUCUUUCUGUAUCCCCUCCCAGUACCAUCACAAGAAAGCAAAUGUCGGUUGUGAUGCUAUACGGCAAAAUCUAUGCAAUUUUUAACGACACGUCCAAGAAUCCUCCACUGUUGUCCUUGUUUCACGUUACAAAAUCAUCUGUUCGCAAAGAACGUGAACUGAACUUGGGAGUGGCUGGCAAUCAUGCUGUCAAUGUUGUAGAUAAUUUGCUUAUUGUGCAUAAUCUAACUGCCAAGCACUCGAUGAUUUUCGACAUUCAAUCCCUGGAUGAUACACCAGUUGCACCACCGCAGCCUAUGGGUCUCGACACUGUGGAGCAAUUCGAUCUCUGUAUUCAUGCCCAAAUAUUUUGUCGUGUAAAACCAGGCACUAAUAAACAUCACUCUAUAGAUGAAGACGACGGCCUACCAUAUCUCCCAUCAACAAUCCUCCUCCCAUCGCGUGGACGUCUCUACUCUAUUUAUCCAAGACUAGCGGACAUCGCGUCCUUCCUCUUAUCAAACAAGAGUGACCCAGUCCACCUUACGACCAUGUUGCUACGUCGUUCAGAGCACGAUGCACAUGAUCUAGUAUUGACGCUAUUGAGGAGUUUGAUACUUGGAGCAAAGAGUGUUGAACAUUUGAGGGGUGUUUUUGAUGCUGUGAAUCAAGCUAGUGCUUCUGGAGUUACUAGGAGGAGGCAACAUAGUUCAGUUUCUGGUCGUGACAGAUCGCACUCCAUGUCAUCGAUAGGAAGUGGUCUCACACCUAUAAAUGAUGCAAGAGCAGGAUCACCUGUACCGUCGAGGGCUUCAGGACAGUCAAGACCUGAUACUGUAAUAUCUCACACGGCAUUAGUGUCUCAACAACAUGAUCCUCCAAGUAUUAGUGAUUUGGAAACCAAGUCUGUUGAAGCACCCGUAGUACUCUCUCAGGAAGACAUAUACAGUCAUGUCUUUCUGCCUCUGUCAAACGAUCCGAACAUCACGCCACAACACCUCUACCCACACAUCCUAUCAUACUUCACAUCCCUAUCACGACACUCGCGAUCACCGGCCCCAUACCUCUCUGAGCUCCUCACAACCCUACUCAUCCAAUGCCGUAAAUACACACACUUGCAGCAAUUAAUUCAGUACCAUGUAAUUACAGACUCAAUCACACUGGCCAAGAUGCUUGUAAUUGUGUCUAACGAGGAUGUUGAUGCAAGGGGCUUAAAACAAGUCGGACUGGAUAUGUUGAAGAGAGUGGGAGCUGGUGAAGAGGUUGUUGAUGUUUUGGUUGGUAGUGGAAAGAUUUUAGAAGCACUACGAUACGCAUCUGCAACAGAUAUCCUAUCUCAGAUACCACCAGUCCCCAUUCUAGAAUCCGCAUACGCAUCUGGUGACAGGACGCUCUUCUUGAAUGCGUUCCGGUGCUUUGAAGAAGCUGGGCUGAUACCACAACCACUUGUAUCAUCGUCGUUACGAAGACCUAGGAGUCUUGUAUAUGGUGAUGGAGUUGAUUCGUCCACUGCUGGUGCAUUGGGCCGAUAUGUGAGCAUGUUUUAUGAAGUUUGGGGUGAGCAUAUAGAGAUGGAACACGUAUGA